AUGGAACAAAGCAAGUCAGCAUUGGAGCAAUUAAUCAAAACAUCUGACGUUAAGAAAGUUCCACCAAAGGUGAAAGGCCGCAAGAGAAAUAGGAUCACCGAUAAGCCACUCUCUGGACUGGACGUGGAUGCCCUUCUACAAGGCGAAAAGCGCCAAAGAAUUUCCCCAGAGAAUGCAAUACCCGAAUUCAAACAAGCACUUGCGAACACGGAUGAUAUCAAUACCGUCAAGGAGGCUGUGAAACAGAUGUGCGCGAUUAUUGAGAACCAAAUCAAGCACAGCCUGGGCGAUGCCAACUAUGAUAGAGUCGUUGAAUACAUAGGAACCAUGAGAGAUGAACUGAUUUCCUUCGAAGAACCAGAUUUAUAUAACGAUUUCGUUCGCGAAUUAAAACGGAAGUUGCUGGAUGAUGAAUUAGGCGAAGAUAGGAGAGAGCUUUGGUGGCUUAUUCGGAAGAAAAGGAUUGGACUCAUCGAUGACAAGCUGGUAGAGAUAUCGAAGGUUACAGAACAAGAAGCGAAGGAGUUCUUGUCAUCAAAGUCAAAAUAG